AUGUAUGGUUAUAAAUUCAUUGAAAGCUUGACCAGAAGGAAAACUGAUGAUUUUGCUCAGAGUGACACACCCUUUAAGCGUUGUAUGAACGUGUUCGAUCUGACAGCUCUCGGUAUCGGUGGCUUGAUAGACGCAGGGCUAUAUGUUGUAAUCGGUCAGCUUGCGCACUCGGUUGCGGGUCCAGCCGUCAUCGUGUCCUUCCUAAUUGCGGCUGUAGCUUCCCUCCUGGCCGGUAUGAAUUAUGCGGAGUUUUCGUCCAGAGUAAGCCGCUCCGGUUCUGGCUACAUCUACACGUACGUUGGCAUGGGAGAGAUCUGGGCCUUCGUGACCGGCUGGUGUAUGAUUACCGAGUAUGUUCUGUCCGCCGCGUCCCUGGCAUCGGCCUGUAGCGAGUACAUUAAUUUUCUCUCCAAUGGCUCUGUGUACAAAUUCUUCGAGGAUUCAUUCGGCCUUUGGCAAGCGCCGGCGCUUUCAGAGCUUCCCGAUCUUUUAGCCUUUACGUUGGUUUUUUUAGCGACAAUGAUAAUCUGCCUGGGGGUGAAAGAGUCCAAAACCGUACUGGACGUGACAGUCUUUGCCAACCUUCUCAUAGCAACUUUCGUUAUCUUUGCCGGGGCCUACCAUGCCAAUACUUACAACUGGUCCACUUUGGAGAAGUUUGCGCCGUACGGCUGGACAGGUAUAUUUACAGCUGCCUCUAGCUGCUUCUAUUGCUUCAUAGGCUUCGAUACUAUACCAAGUGCGAGCGAGGAAGCUGUCAACCCCAAGGUGUCUGUACCACUGGCUAUUCUUCUGUCUUUGGGAAUAAGCCUGUUUGUUUACAUCGGAGUCAUCGUAGUUCUGACCAUGAUGGUUCCUUAUUAUCAGUUAAAGGACCUUGCACCCGUUGCCGCCGCCUUCGCCAAAAGUGGAUUUGCUGCAUCAACGUACAUCGUUUCCGUUGGCGCCUUAUGCGCGAUGCUGAGUAGUUUGCUGGCAGCGUGUUUCGCGACACCGCGUCUGAUUUACGCUGUUGCGUAUGACGGUCUCAUUUUUGGUUGCUUCACUAAAAUAAACAAGGACAGACAGGUUCCAUUGCGAGCUGUGGCUGUCAGUGGAGUUCUGAGCGCGCUGCUUGCGUUUCUGUUUAACAUGCAACAGUUAGUGGAGAUGAUGGCCAUUAUGACCCUUAUAACUUACACCAUGGUGUCUAUAUCAGUGAUACUUACUCGCUACCAAAAAAAUCCCCAGUGGGUAUGCUAUGAAGAGCAAUUAUUGGAACGAACGCAAUCUUGGCUUCGAACGUUACUGAAGAAGAGAAGGAGAGGAAAGAAUGACAACUACAAGAAACUUCCGCUGUCCGAGAGUGACAGUGUCACGACAACCUGUCACGCUAGUCCAAGCGAGUGCUCUAACACCAUAGCGAAUGUCACGGUAUUCGUCAUGAUUCUAUCCAUGUUUGCCGUUUGCGUAUAUCUCAGAACUUGGAUGACUAACUCAGAGAAUAUUGAUGCUUUCACGAUCUUCCCCGUGGCGCUUUACUCGUCCAUCACAAUAGCCUGUCUUAUAGUUCUUCUAUUUCAGCCCCGGAACAGUGCUACUUUUUCGUUUAUGGUUCCAUGCGUUCCUCUUCUUCCAUCACUCAGUAUAUUUAUAAACACGUUCUUGAUGACACUGUUUCAAACACACACCUACAUAAAAUGCACAAUUUGGAUAACCAUAGGUAAGUAGCAUUUUUUAUUCGUAUGUACAAAUUGUAUUUUCUUUCAGUUCAGCGAAACUUGGCGGAAUCGCUGAUUUCACACAUAAGGGCAUACAGCUACGCGCAUAUUUAAUUUCGCACAAGCACAAACAAACACUCAUAUUACGCGCCAAAACACAAGAGCACACUCCUCACUAGCAGUAACAAGCACAUUCUUCUCGCGGAGGGAAUCCGCGCGUGCGAAAGUAAACGCGUUUCCACGCACGCGAAAACAAGCGCGUCUUUGGCGCGCGCUAAAGACGCGCGCUAGUUCAGUCGCGCACGUGGGAUAGAGCACUAUAAUUGUUUUGGUGCGCGACGAAUAACCAAUUAAUGACAAACUUUAGACUUAAGUUGAGCUAUUCGUGACGUUUCGCUGGAUAGUUUUUCCAUUAGGAUCAGAGGUACUCAACCGUUACCCACGCAUCAAAAAAUUACUCAAACCACUAUUGGCACGAAAAAUGUUUGUAAAAGAAGAGGAAACAUUAGUAAAGAAACCACAAGUUUGCCCCAUUUUGGUUCAUAAUUCUCUUUUCAUUCCAGCAUAAAAUAAUGGAAUAAAAUGUUCAACGAUGCCAAACAAACAAUAGCAGUCUAAACGCCUUAUCUCGGUAAUCUAUGUCAAAUUUAUCCCAUGCAGUCUAUGUACAAAAUCAGUAUUCACAGUAUUCACAGUAUCCAUAUCUUGCCGAGAUACUUCUAGUGAACUCCAACAACAUAGAGUAAUAUGAAAGAAAAUUUCACAGUUCGCAGAAAAGUUAUUGCGCGCCACACCUUAAUCCAAAAAUAAUAACAAUAGGCUUUAUUCAGAGAGGGUAAAAACACUUAAAAGUAGCCCUAAGAUACUGAUGACUCUGUGGCCCUCAAAACAAUUACAAAAUAUGGAUGAUACAACUAAUAACUAUAAAAUAUACCAUAUUAGGCAACGAAGCAUGAACGCAAAAAAGGCAACGAAACAUGAAAAACUAAUCAUAUCCAAAUCUUAACGAUAAUAAGCCGCGUUCGAGAACGAACAAUGAGGCAGUAAAGUGGAAAAACUACAAAACUAAACUCAAUAUCAUAACUAUGCUUCCAAGAAGACAAUUGUGUCUAGAUUUUUUUUUCAAACCACCAACACAACAGUUAAGAGUUAAAAUUUUUGCCACUCCUUUAAUUAAUCCUCUGAUGACACCAAAAAAGUUAUGUAACAGACUUGUGAAUACCUUCCAAAUGGACACAAAGUCAGUGAUGCAAGAAAAUGGAAAACAGAAUUCUAAUGACCUUCUCAACUGUGGAAAUCAAACUCUACUAAUUUAUAUCAACAGCGUCAAUAAUAAGAGCAUGGGAAAACGUUCAUCACUUGUGGUUGCCCCUUCCCGAAAAGUGCUUACUCCUUGAACCAACCAGAUAAACAUUAAAAGAACCAGACUUGACUCAAAGAGAACACUAAGGCAUACAGAACAAAAAACAUAUUUCACUAAUUGUAUUUCUCUGUCAUUUCAGGAAUGUUUGUGUAUUUUUUGUAUGGAUAUCACAACAGUAUUGAGGGCAAGAGGCCCAAAAGUGUAGAACUGGAAUUUGAACCAUUACCUAGUAUACCAGUUACACAAACAGAUGCCAACCUUCCCUUGAAAAAGAGAAAUGGCGACAAAUGAAGAGAAUAUAAAGAAGACAGUUGAGACUUCCAAGACAUUCCUACAAGCUUUGAAAAAAAGAGCUGGAGUAGAUAGAGAACUGCUAGUCUUAACUUUUCUGCUUUUUUUUAAAUUUUCUUUGUGUGACAUAUUAGUUGAUAACUGAAGUGAAAUUUCUUUACCCAUUAAAAUCUCAAGAUCUGAUAGUUAAUUCUCCCCUCCACAUGCUAGACAUUUCCUUUUAAAUUAGUUACAAAAGGUUGGUUUUGGAUCAAGAUAACAAGUUUUACUUGAUAAGUUUGAAUAUUCUCAUGACCUGUUUGCUGGAUAAUGUAUGUAUGUAUGUUUUAGGGAGAAUUUGCUUAUCAAUCAUGAUUAAGAGUUAAAGGGUUAUUGGAUUGCUGUAAUACAUUUAAAGGGGUAAUAAGUCUUGCCAGCUGGUUGACUUUAAGGUUGUUACAAUUGUUUACAAAUCAGUGCAUUGGACCCUCAUUCUCCCUCUAAGGUGACUUGUAAAUUUUUGGCAUUUCACCAUUUUAAAGAAUGAUUAUAAAUAUUACACAAGAGUUCAUCAAAUUAAUAUCAAAUUAUUAUCAAAUUAAUGCUAUGAUGAAUGGAGUGA